AUCGUAUCAUGGCGGAAGCGUUAGCUGGCUAGCGUUGUCGGUGCGCGAUUGUUCAGCUUCGCACGUUUUGGAAACUACGACCGCGGCGCUUGGAAAAAUUCUUCUCUCCCGCUAGGGCGUCUAAACUUAUUCGGGUGUUGAGUGAAAAGACUGUACCCUUCUAGCAUUAAGAGGACCUUUUACGACAGCACCUGAUACGGAUCAAAUGGAGUGUGCAGUGGACGUUCCAGCCGGCGAGGAUGAGACAACAGAAAAAGAUGACUUGAAUUGCAAGGAAGAGACUGAGCCUCCCCAUAAGAAAAACAAGAAGCACAAAAAGCACAAGAACAAGAAAAAGAAAAAGAAGAGGAGGGGGGGUGAAAAGGAAAGCAGCUCAGGGUCUGGUGCUGAGUCUGAGGCAGAGACGGAUCCUCCAAAGCCUGUCAGGACGACUAGAGCCAGUGCAAGGCUGGCUGCAAAAUCUGGAGAUGCUGGGCAGAAGGAAGAGAAUAAAACAGAUUGUGUGGACAAGGAGGGCGAUGCAAAAUCAAAAAAACACAAAAGACAUGCUGCUAAGAAGAAGAAAAAGAAGAAGAAGAAGGAUGAAAAGAAAUCCCAAUCUCGUUCCUCAUCUGAUAGCAGCUCUGGCUCAGCUUCUGAAUCUGAAACGGAGGGGCAUGCAGGGACAGGUGAUGGCAAAUCCUCUCCUGCGGUAGCACCUGGCCAACAUGAGCCAGUGUCCAAAAUGUCCACACUAAACAACAAAGGGGAUGAGAAAGUUGUUCCCACUCUGCCGAAUCCUGAACCACUCGAGGAGAAGAAAGAGGACAUAUCUGAUAUCGAUGUUUCACAAAGUGCAGAGAAGACCACAAACGAUAGUCAUACCAAUGGAACAGAAAAGGAUAUAAAAUCCCCAUUACCUAGCUUGGAUGAAGUAACACAGACAGGAACAGUUCAGGUUAAGGAAGAAGCCACUCUCGGAGACUGUACCUUCAGUCAUGCCCACGAACUUCCUGAUAUUAUUCCUAAACAGGAAGGUAAUGCAUCUAGAGAUGAGCCAAUCCAGAAAGAUGAAUCCAAUUCAAUACAGCAGGUGGCAGUAAAAGAGUCUGAUCCACCCAGGCCAGGGUCUCCCCUCCCUAUUAUGGGCCCAGAUAUUAAGCGGUCUGACUCAAGACAUAGUCGGUCACCAUCACCAAGUCCCCCUAAGCAGCAGAAUGAUGAUCAAACAAUAGCAACAGUGGAAGAACCACCUGAAAGUCAAACAAGAUCAGCCUCAAAGGACAAGCAGUCUCCCACUCCUCUUAAAAAUCGGCAGCUCUUGCGCUCCAUCUCUCGCUCUCCGUCUCCUAAAUCUAGGAGGAAGUCUGUCUCCCCGCCCUCCAAGUCUCCCAAGAAAGCUCGUCGUCGGUCGUGUUCCACUUCUCGGUCGCGUACACCCAAGAGGAAGUCGUUAAGGUCUACACGGAGGUCCAAAUCACCGAGACGUCGGAGGAGCUCCUUGUCUCUGUCCCCAAGGCGACACAGAAGUCCCCCGUCUACAAAAAGAAGAGCCUCAAGAUCGCCAAAGCGUGGCGGGCGCAGGACGCGCACCUUAUCUCGCUCUCCAAGGAGAAGUCGGAGAUCAGAGUCUCGUUCACGGGGCCGUUUAAGGCGUUCCCGGACCCGCUCGCCCAGACGUGGCGGUGCAAGCGGUAGACGGUCGCGGUCACGCUCAUUUGCCAGGGCCCGUCGCUCCAGAUCCAGGCGCCAUUACCGCCGCUCCAGGUCGCGUUCCUUGGCGAAGCGUACCGGUGGCAGGCGCUCAAGGAGUCGAUCAUUGUCGCGACAUAGGAGGUCGCCACCUCCCAGAGCACGCCGCUCACGUUCCAGAUCUGUCCGCAGGAGCAGGCGGACUCGAUCACGGUCUGUCGCAACCUAUAAACGUCAACGGCGUUCUAGAUCAAGGAGUCCCCGCAAACGGACCAAAUCCCGAACUCCCAUUUCCCGCUGGCGCUCCAAAUCCAGGUCUCCAGUCAGAAGGCGUUCUCGUUCUCCUGCCAGGAGAAAGCGGUCUCCGCCGAGGUCUAGCAAACGCUCGAAAUCCCGCUCGUUGCCAAGAAGGCACAGGUCAAAGUCACGUUCGCCACCGUUGAGCAGAAAGAAGUCCAAAUCACCAAGGAUCCGUGUCAGAAGGUCAAAGUCAAAAUCUGUCUCUGUUGGCUUGCACAGAUCCAAGUCCAGAUCCCGGUCUGGGUCAAGUGAUAAGCCGUCUGAUAAGUCGUCCCACGCCGGAUCCGCUUCACCCCCUCUUGAGCAGCAGUCGUCUUCUCCCCAGGCAGACCAAGCAUCUCCAGAAAAGACAGCUGACAUAGCUGAAACCAUUCCUACAGCAGGUGGUUGGAAACCUGUGACCUCACUAGUUGCUUCUAGUUCGCCAGCUGAGGAUGAGGUGCAGGAACAGCCUCAAGACACUGAUGCCAUCCCUGAAAUAGAAGAAGAAGAACAACAACAACAGAGGAAGGAGGAGGAGGAGGAGGAGGAGAAGGAGCCAGAGGCAGAGGAGGAGGAGGAGAAGGAGGAAGCUGAGGAGGAGGAGAAGGAGGAGGAGAAGGAGGCAGAGGAGAAGGAGGAGGAGACAAAGGAUGCAGAGGAGGAGGAGGAGGAGGAGGAGACAAAGGAGGCAGAGCAGCAGCAGCAGGAGGAGGAGGAGGAGGAGAAGGAGAAGGAGGCAGAGGAGGAGGAGGAGAUAUGCCUCGAACAGGAUGAAUCCGAGGCGGGGUCUGGCUCCCAAGAACCUGUUACUGCACCAGAUGGAUCUGAAUGUUUUGAAGGCUCAGAUGAAGCAAUGGAAAGUUCUUCCUCGCCUGUAAAAACGACAGACAAAUCCUUUAGAAGCCCCUCACGUUCAGCCUCUCCAGAAAGGCGGAGCCAUGAGCGUUUGCCUUCACCCGCAGAUCACGAGGAACCUUCCCACUCACCUUCGUCUCGAAAGAGGUCAAAGUCUCCAGUGAAAAAGAGAGAAUCUGUCUCACCGUCAGAAAAAAAGAAGCGCCGGUCAAGAACUCGGAGUCCUGGCCGGCGCAAAAAAUCCAGCCCUUCUCGGGUCUCCACACGACGCAAGCGAUCCCGUUCCAAGUCUCGCACCAGGGCUCGCCGCUCCAAGUCCCGCUCGCCAACCCGCAAGAGACGCUCCCGCUCUCCCAAUGCCAGAGGGAGGAAAAGAUCCAAGUCCACGGACAGGAACAAGCGGUCGCGGAGCCGAUCCGCCGGCCGCAAGAAAAGGUCUAGGUCAGGAGACAGGGGUAGGAGGUCUAGGUCUCGUUCCUCUGACAGAAGACGCAGGUCCAGGUCCAGAGGUCGAGGGAAACGACCUGUGUUUCGCAGUCGCUCUUUUGAUAGACGGGAUAGGUGGAAGAGGGAGCCUAGCCACUCUCCCGUUCUGAUUCUUCGCAAACAGCGCCGCUCAGGGUCUCGGACACGGCGCAGUGUCAGCAAGUCGCCUCCGAGGCUCACUGACCUGGAUAAGGACCAGUUACUGGAGAUCGCCAAGGCCAACGCAGCUGCCAUGUGUGCCAAAGCGGGGGUGCCCAUUCCUGAGAGUCUGCGGCCAAAAGCAAUCCUCCAGCUUCCCCUGCCCACCCCGUCUCCCUCGCCGCUUUCCCUCCCACUGCCUUUGCCCCUCCCCAUGGGCAUGGGGAUGCCCAGCAUGGGCCCAAUGGGGCUGCCUGCCAUUCCUGGAAUGCCCAACAUGUCUAACAUCACCAUGAGUGCAGCCAUGGCAAGUAUGACGGCGGCCACCAUGACGGCUGCCUUGACCAACAUGGGUGCCUUGGCGGCCAUGCCUCCCCUUGCUCCGCUACCCACCAUCACAAACAAACCUCCCCCGUGUCUCGCGCCACCGACCCCAUCCCUGAACCUGGACCACAUUGAGGAAGCGAAAAGGAAGGUCACUCAGCAAGCCAACAUCCACACCAUAAAGGAGCUGACAGAGAAAUGUAAGAUGAUUGCCAACAGUAAGGAGGAGAUGGCUGUAGCUAAACCUCAUGUCUCGGAUGAUGAAUUCUAAACUCUUCAAACCCUCAAGGCGCUCACUGACUAGAAGUUAGACAAACUCUGUGAAGAUACUUCCCCCCCCCCCCUCCUUCCUUCUUAGGACCCGGACAGGAAAAUCUAACAAAGAAAAUGAUUUUUUUCAGGACAAUACGCCCACUUUAGGUUUCUUUGGAAGUCACGUGGCGUGGCUGAGUCUUACCCAAAAGAGGAGCAUCCUAUUUGCUUACAACUUUCCUCCACGUUGCUUCUGUUUGGGUGGCUGGGUCAUGUGAUACCACUCAAGAAACUGGACACGUUGACUUCUCGUGUGCAUGAUCGUAAGACUAAAGUGCAAAUGUGAGCGUGUGGGUGUAAAUAGUGAUUUUCACCAACGUCCCCUCAGUGUUGCUGCUUGUUCAAGCAGUCACUGUUGUAAAGACUGAAACCAAACUUACUAGUGGCGCAUUUCUUUUUGUUUUUGUAAAAGCUUAGUUCGUCUAAAUUGGUUUUACUUAUAAAGCUUUCUUAAAGGACUGUGUUAAGCGGACACUGAUUCCCUGUUCUGCUGUAUACCCUAGUUUUUUUUUUUUUUUUUUUUUUUUUUUUUAAAACAUUGUUUCAGCUGUUUUUCAUGCGUGAUUUGUUGACACGAGCUUGGGAAAUGUUUGUUUGCAAAAAUUGUGGAAUAACUGAUAGAGGCAGAUUAGAUAGAGCAACAUCUCCCUGUCACAAAACACAUCAAAAUUAAAUUAGUUCUGCCCUGGUUGUGAUCCGCUUUCUUUUAAAGUGGCAGCUAAAUUUAACAUGGAGAUGCACGAACAGAGGAAAUAAUUCAGUGUUUUACAAGCCGUAGGACUACUUAUUUGGAGUGAUAGUGGGUUUGAAAAGCUUGAGACAUCAUCGCUAGCUGUGAUAUCAACAGUGGAUCAGACAAUCACUUGUUUUUGACGACGUAUUAAUGUCGUUAAUCACAAUAGAACUUGCAUCCAUGUCAAUUUACUGCAGUGAGAAGUGAUUAUGCUGUCAUCAUCUUCUGACCAAGGCUGUCUUAACUGUGGAAGAUAACGCAAAGAUCUCCCCCCCCCUCCCCUCCCCACCGUAUCACUGCUUCUCUGUCUAACGUUGAAUUCCUUUGUGUUGCUCUUCAGGUAUUUUAAAGAUGGGGGGAAAAAGGAAAAUGCAUUUUAGGAUUGUUUUGGGGGGCUCAUUAGAAUAAGAUGUUGCUUGUUCUGUAUAUAAAUGUGAUAAUGAUUAUUAAAAACCUCAGUGAUCUGUAAA